GAGCUUCCACCAGACCUUGGAACAAGAAGGGCACAACAACCAUGUUUCACUGUACAUCCUUAACUGGCCUAAAACUCGCUAUGUAAACCAGACUAAUCUAGAACUCAAAGAACGUCCUGUUACUGCUCCGGCCUCCAAGCGCUGGGAUUACAGGCUUAGACCUCCACAGUUCACGUUUGUGACUCAAACUGCACCAACCCACAGCCGGGAGCGGCGGCACCGCCCAAAGUAGGGGCGUGGUCGUUCCGACCCGCGCAAAUCUAGUCUUUGGCGGUGGCGCUCAUGGAUGACGUAACAGCGCGCCAAGUCGUGGAGUUCAGGCACGGCGUGAACGGCUUCACGAACCUAAUUCAUCUCUAGAAGGACAUCUGCAGAAAUGGCCCCUGUCCUUCACUUUUAUGUCCGCCCCUCUGGCCAUGAGGGGGCAGCAUCUGGGCAUGUUCUUAGGAGACUACAAGAGAAACUGCCAACCCUUCAGAAUGUGGAGACUGAGCUAUGCUACAAUGUGCACUGGGCAGCCGAGACCCUUCCAUGGGCAGAGGAGAUGAAGAAGUUGCUAUGGCUGUUUGGCUGCCCUUUGUUGCAGGAUGAUGUUGCUCGGGUGUCCUGGCUGGUCCCUGGCUCCAAUGAUUUGUUGCUGGAGGUGGGACCCAGGCUGAAUUUCUCUACUCCAGCAUCGACCAACAUUGUUUCUGUGUGCCAGGCUGCUGGGCUGAGAGCUGUGGAUCGGGUAGAGACCACCCGGCGCUACCGGCUUUCGUUUGCCAAGCAGCCUACAGCUGAAAUGGAAGCCAUUUCUCUGGCUGCCUUGCAUGACCGGAUGACAGAGCAGCACUACCCUGACCCCAUUCAGAGCUUCUCUCCUCAGAACAUCCCAGCCCCACUCAAGGACUCCAUCAAUAUCCUAGCCGAGGGUCGGCCUGCCCUGGAGAAGGCCAACCAGGAGCUAGGUUUGGCUCUUGACUCCUGGGACCUCGAUUUCUACACCAAGCGCUUUCAAGAGCUGCAGCGAAACCCCAGUACAGUGGAGGUCUUUGACUUGGCUCAGUCCAAUAGUGAACACAGCCGACAUUGGUUCUUCAAGGGCCAGCUCCAUGUGGACGGGAAGAAGCUAGCACGUUCCCUCUUUGAAUCCAUCAUGAGCACUCAGGCAUCCUCCAACCCUAACAAUGUCCUCAAGUUCUGUGACAACAGCAGUGCAAUCCAAGGGAAGGAAGUCCAAUUCCUGCGGCCUGAGGACUCUACACGACCAAGCUGCUUCCGGCAACAGCGGGGGCUUAGACAUGUUGUCUUCACAGCAGAGACACAUAACUUCCCCACUGGAGUGGCGCCCUUCAGCGGUGCAACCACAGGCACAGGUGGCCGCAUCAGAGAUGUCCAGUGUACAGGCCGUGGAGCCCACGUGGUGGCUGGCACUGCUGGCUAUUGCUUUGGGAACCUGCACAUCCCAGGUUAUAAUCUGCCCUGGGAGGAUCCAAGCUUCCAGUAUCCUGGGAACUUCGCCAGGCCUUUGGAAGUUGCUAUUGAGGCCAGUAAUGGAGCAUCUGACUAUGGCAACAAGUUUGGAGAACCAGUGCUGGCUGGAUUUGCCCGCUCUUUGGGUCUCCAGCUUCCAGAUGGUCAGAGACGUGAGUGGAUCAAGCCCAUCAUGUUCAGUGGGGGCAUUGGGUCUAUGGAAGCCAAGCAUGUAGGCAAAGAACCCCCAGAGCCAGGCAUGGAGGUUGUGAAGGUCGGGGGUCCCGUCUACAGGAUUGGAGUUGGGGGUGGAGCUGCUUCGUCCAUUCAGGUUCAGGGAGACAACACCAGUGACCUGGACUUUGGAGCUGUGCAGCGGGGAGAUCCGGAAAUGGAGCAGAAGAUGAAUCGUGUGAUCCGGGCUUGUGUGGAGGCCCCAGGAGGAAACCCCAUAUGCAGCCUCCAUGACCAGGGUGCUGGUGGCAAUGGCAAUGUCCUAAAGGAGCUGAGUGAGCCAGCGGGAGCCGUCAUUUACACCAGCCGCUUUCAGCUGGGUGAUCCAACCUUGAAUGCACUGGAAAUCUGGGGGGCUGAGUACCAGGAGUCAAAUGCACUUCUUCUGAGGCCCUCUGACCGGGACUUUCUGAGUCGCGCCAGUGCCCGGGAACGCUGCCCAGCUUGUUUUGUGGGCACAAUCACUGGAGACAAGAGAAUCGUGCUAGUGGACGACCGUGAAUGCUUGAUGAGAAAAAGUGGCCAAGGAGAUGCUCCCCCGACACCUCCAACUCCUGUGGACCUGGACCUUGACUGGGUUCUGGGAAAGAUGCCUCAGAAGGAGUUCUUCCUCCAGAGAAAACCCCCUGUGCUGCAGCCUUUGGCCUUGCCCCCCGACCUGAGUGUGGGCCAGGCUCUAGAACGGGUUCUAAGGCUGCCUGCUGUGGCCAGCAAGCGCUACCUCACUAACAAGGUGGAUCGCUCUGUGGGUGGCCUUGUUGCCCAACAGCAGUGUGUCGGGCCCCUGCAGACUCCUCUGGCUGAUGUGGCUGUUGUAGCACUGAGCCACCAGGAGCUUGUAGGGGCCGCCACAGCCCUGGGAGAGCAGCCAGUCAAAAGCCUGUUGGACCCCAAGGCUGCUGCCAGGCUAGCCGUGUCUGAGGCCCUCACCAACCUGGUAUUCGCUCUGGUCACUGAUCUCCGAGAUGUGAAGUGCAGUGGGAACUGGAUGUGGGCAGCCAAGCUCCCGGGUGAGGGUGCAGGGCUAGCCGAUGCCUGUGAGGCUAUGGUGACAGUGAUGGCAGCACUGGGUGUGGCAGUAGAUGGUGGCAAGGACUCCCUCAGCAUGGCUGCCCGGGUCGGCACUGAGACCGUGCAGGCUCCUGGGUCACUGGUCAUUUCAGCAUAUGCUGUCUGUCCAGACAUCACAGCCACUGUGACCCCAGACCUCAAGCAUCCUGGAGGAAAAGGUCAUUUGCUCUAUGUGCCUUUGAGCCCCGGGCAGCACCGGCUGGGAGGAACGGCUCUGGCCCAAUGUUUCUCUCAGCUCGGGGAACACCCUCCUGAUCUAGACCUUCCCGAGAACCUCGUGCGUGCCUUUCAUAUCACCCAGGGGCUGCUGAAAGAUCGCCGUCUUUGCUCAGGCCAUGAUGUCAGCGAUGGAGGGCUUGUAACCUGCCUUCUAGAGAUGGCCUUUGCUGGGAAUUGUGGGAUAGAGGUAGAUGUACCUGCCCCUGGGAUCCAUGCAUUGCCUGUGCUGUUUGCGGAAGAGCCAGGUCUGGUGUUGGAAGUACAGGAGGCAGAUGUAGCCGGAGUACUGCAGAGGUACCAGAGUGCUGGCCUACACUGUCUGGAACUAGGCCACACUGGCGAGGCUGGACCCCAGGCCAUGGUCCGAGUGUCAGUGAAUGGGACUGUGGUUGUAGAGGAGCCUGUUGGGCAGUUGAGAGCCCUCUGGGAGGAAACAAGUUUCCAGCUGGACCUACUGCAGGCAGAGCCACGCUGUGUGACAGAGGAGAAACAGGGCCUGAAGGAGCGGACAGGACCUAGCUACUGCCUGCCGCCUACCUUUCCUGUGGCCUCUGUGCCCUGUAAACCUGGUGGUCCCAUCCCUCGAGUUGCCAUCUUGCGUGAAGAGGGCAGCAAUGGAGACCGAGAGAUGGCUGAUGCUUUUCACUUGGCUGGCUUUGAGGUGUGGGAUGUGACCAUGCAGGACCUCUGCUCUGGGGCCGUCAGGCUGGACACGUUCCGUGGUGUGGCCUUUGUGGGUGGCUUCAGCUACGCAGAUGUCCUGGGCUCUGCCAAAGGUUGGGCAGCUGCAGUGACCUUCAAUCCACAGGCCAGGGAAGAGCUGGGCCGCUUCCGCAGGCGGCCGGACACCUUCAGCCUGGGCGUGUGUAAUGGCUGUCAGCUGCUGGCUCUUCUGGGCUGGGUGGGAAGUGAUCCCAAUGAAGACCAAGUUGAGCUGGACCACGACUCCCAGCCAGCACAGCCAGGCCUCCUUCUCCGUCACAAUCUGUCUGGGCGGUUUGAGUCCCGAUGGGCCACUGUACGUGUGGAGCCGGGGCCAGCCCUGAUGCUUCGAGGCAUGGAAGGCUCUGUGCUGCCUGUGUGGAGUGCUCAUGGGGAAGGUUACAUGGCAUUUUCUUCUCCUGAACUUCAAGCCAAGAUCAAGGCCAAGGGCUUGGUUCCUCUGCACUGGGCAGAUGAUGAUGGGAACCCCACAGAACAGUACCCUUUGAACCCUAAUGGAUCUCCAGGGGGUAUAGCUGGCAUUUGCUCCCAAGAUGGUCGCCAUCUGGCACUCAUGCCACACCCUGAGCGGGCUGUGAGGCUUUGGCAGUGGGCAUGGCGACCCUCUCCCUUUGAUGGUCUUUCCACCUCCCCGUGGCUGCAGCUCUUCAUCAAUGCUCGGAACUGGACCCAGGAGGACAGCUGCUGAGGAGGCUGCGUGACCACCUUGGCCCACAGCUCGCCCUCUGAGUCUUGCCUUUCCCAUUGCCUUCAGUAGUAUCUCCAUGUGAUUUCCCAAAGCGUCUAGGACAGCAAGAACCACAAUGCUGGGAAGAUGUCAGCUGCAUUGUUGUUUUAGCCUUGCCCCUGCAGGAGCUGCUUUCAGUUCUUGAGUUUAACAUGAAUCUCCAGCAAGCAAGCUCCGAGGACGGCUGACAGUUUGGGGGGCGGGCAAACAUUUACUGGCAAUGCUUCCCCGUGACCAUCACCUGUCAUCCCUCAUCUUCCUGCUUAGAGCUCGGAGUGAGGUUUUAUGUCCUCUUUCUUUUCCUUUGGCUUUGUGAGACCAGCUUUCAGUCUAUAGCCCAAGCUGGCCCUAAACUCAAUUUUUUUAGCGUAGCCUCUCUGGUGAGUGCCAGGAUGCUUGGCGUUGGCUUAGGGUCUAGGAAUGAUGUGCAUCAGCCCUUCCCUCCAAAACUCUGCUCUCAUCAGAAAAGAGCAGCUUUCUGGAUCCCUUUUCAGACAUGCUCUGCCAGUUGUUAGGAAUUGUUGCUUCUGGCCAUGCUUAAGGGGCUGACCUGUGCCUACUUCAGGUCACAUUCCUGAUUCUUGCUUCUCCUAAUUUAGCAGCCACUUUAAAGUAGCUAGAGCAGAGCCCUGAGCUACUGGAGUUUGUUUUUGUUUUUGUUUGUUUGUUUUGUUGUUUCAUUUUUUCUUUUUUUUUUAAGAUUUAUUUGUUUAUUAAAUGUCUUCAGACACACCAGAAGAGGGCAUCAGAUCCCAUUUUAGAUGGUUGUGAGCCACCAUGUGGUUGCUGGGAUAUAAACUGUGAGAUUUGAUUUAGUCUCUUCAAGACUGGCUUUUUUUUGUGUGUGUGUAGCUCUGACUGUUCUGGAACUUACUCUGUAGACCAGGCUGGCCCUACACUCAGAUCCAUGUGCCUUCCGUGUGCUGGGAUUAAAGGCUUGUGGCACUACCACCUGGCCAUUCAUUUUUCUUGUUCCUGGAUCAGUGAUGGUGCCAGGCACUGGUACUGCCCUAAUGGAAUUUAUAGUCUUAACACAACUGAAAUAAUAAAUGACUACUCAGCUUGUACCACCAAGCUAGGUACUGGGUAAUUUAUGUCUCACAUGAAAAUUAAGGUAUUUUAGGGGUUGGGGAUUUAGCUCAGUGGUAGAGCACUUGCCUAGCAACCACAGGCCCUGGGUUCGGUCCCCAGCUCCGAAAAAAAGAGAAAAAAAAUUAAGGUAUUUUAAAGGUGUUUUCCAGUUAACAAAGGAAAGUUUAAUAAUAAACUGUCUAUGAUUAGUUACAACUUGAAAGGGACAGCAAGGUUCCUUACCCACCCAGCUAUAUCUUCUUUUGAUAAUCCUGCAGUCAUAGGUCAUGUCUCUUGGUAGCAGCUGGUUUUACUGACAGCCACCUCCCACCCUCCCUUGCUUCCUACUUAUAUGUACAGUAGACUCAGGUAUCCCCCUAAGAAGCUCUACAUCACGAUUAAAGGAGUUUCCUUAUAAAAAACAGACUAACAUGUUGGAUCUCUGAAUAUUUCAGGGAACAUUCUUGUGCUUCUGCAGAAGUAGCACCCCAGAAAGAUAGUGAUUCUGAAUGAAUAGGGGUCAGGUUGCAGGUUGUGUGUCCAUCUGAGUGGUGGAACACUUGCCCAGUAAGUGUAUGUUUCCUGAGUUUGAUCUCCCUUCAGCACCACAGAAGAAGACAUUUGGAGAUGGGAAGGCAGAUGGUUCUCCUUACUGCUUUGCAAGGAAACUUUUCCUAAUGAGUGAUUCUAAGGAUUGUGUUUGUAUUUGAGACCUGUAUGUUGUCCUGGCUGGCUUUGAACUCCUGUAGCUAAGAGUAAUCUGGAAAUCGUGGUCUUCUACCAAAUGCUAGGAUCUGACCUAAGUACCAUUUCAUCGUGUGAACAUUCCUUUUGAUGCUGUAGAAGAACAUAUAUUUUGUUUAUGGUAGUACAUGCCAUUAACCCCAAUAUUUAUAAAAGUUUUUUUUAAACCUGAGUGGGCAAGAUGGCUUAGUGCAGAGGUUUCCAGCCUCUGAUACUAUAACCCUGUAAUACUAUAACCCUGUAAUACUAUAACCCUGUAAUACUAUAACCCUGUGAUACAGUUCCCUAUAAGAUUUUGGUUGCUAUCUUAUAACUAACUUUGUUGCUGUUGAAAAUCA